AUGAUGGACAUGCAAGUGAGAAAAGUGAGGAAGCCGCCUGCUUGCACCCAAUGCAGGAAGAGAAAGAUCGGGUGCGACAGGGCAAAACCGAUAUGCGGGAAUUGUGUCAAGUAUAACAAACCGGACUGUUUCUAUCCAGAUGGACCUGGUAAGAUGGUCGCUGUGCCCUCUGCGUCCGGGAUAUCCACGCACGGCAAUGGCCAAGGUGCCAACCAUUUCAGUCAGGGAAACGGUGUAAAUCAGAAAAAUGUAAUGAUUCAAACGCAGUAUCCAAUCAUGCAAACGUCAAUGGAGGCGUCAAACUUCUCGUUCAGCCCCACUGUGGAUACUACAAUGCAGUGGAACAAGGCUGCUAGUUACCAAAAUAGCAGCACCAAUAAUAAUACUACCCCUCGCCAGAAUAGUACUAACGUUAAUAGUAAUGUUCACGGAAACACUAUUGUAAGGAGCGAUAGUCCUGAUGUCCCCUCCAUGGAUCAAAUUAGAGAAUACAACACGCGAUUACAAUUGGUUAAUGCUCAAAGUUUCGACUAUACAGAUAGCCCAUACCCUUUUAAUGUUGGUAUGAAUCAGGACUCGGCAGUUUUCGAUCUUAUGACUUCUCCAUUCACUCAAGAGGAAGUAUUGGUCAAGGAAAUAGACUUUUUGAGAAACAAAUUGCUCGAUUUACAAGGCUUACAACUCAAAAGCUUGAAAGAAAAAUCAAAUUUAGGUACUGAUAAUUCCAUAGCAAACAAAAUUAGUAAGGCAGGUGAGGAUUCUAAGAAAGGUAAGGUCGACGGUAAAAGAACCGGGUUUGGUCAUCCGACUUCGAGACCCUCCACGUCGUCACAAAAAUACUUUACGGCCCUAACAGUAACAGAUGUACAAAGUUUAGUCCAAGUGAAACCGUUGAAGGAUACUCCCAACUACCUUUUCACCAAAAACUUUAUCAUUCUUAGAGAUCAUUACCUUUUCAAGUUUUAUAAUAUUUUGCACGAUAUCUGCCAUAUUAAUCAGUUCAAAGUGAGUCCUCUUAUCGGUAAUAAUCGCCAACAAUUUACGGAGGUUGGUAAAGUUUACUUCCCGCCAAAAGCAGCAAUUAUCGAGACACUAAACUCUGAACCCGUUGGGAAUUUAAAUAUUGAAGAAUUUUUGCCAAUCUUUGACAAAAUCCUCUUACUGGAAUAUGUUCAUAAAUCUUUUCCAGAUGGUGAUACCUGUCCUUCCUUCUCAAUGAUUAAUCUUCCCUUAUCUCAACUGACCAAACUAGGCCAAUUAACGGUGUUUCUACUGUUGUUGAACGAUUCAAGGACCUUGUUCAAUAAGCAGGCUAUUAAUACCAAUGUUUCGGCAUUAAUGGAUAAUUUGAGGGUGAUUCGAAGCCAAAUCACAUUGGUAGACCUGGAAUCUUAUGAUCAAGAGACAAUCAAGUUUAUUGCCAUCACGAAAUUCUAUGAAUCUUUAAACAUGCAUGAUGAUCAUAAAUCAAAUUUAGACGAAGAUUUGAGCUGUCUGUUAAGCUUCCAGAUAAAUGAUUUCAAGUUAUUCCAUUUCUUAAAAAAAAUGUACUACUCAAGACAUUCGCUUCUAGGUCAAUCUUCAUUCAUGGUAUCUGCUACUGAAAAUUUGUCUCCAAUACCUGCUUCUAUCGAUACAAAUGACAUUCCUUUAAUUACUAACGAUUUAAAAUUAUUGGAAACACAAGCAAAAUUGGUAAAUCUUCUGCAAGAUGUUCCUUUCUACUUGCCAGUAAAUUCAGCUAAAAUUGAAAGUCUACUGGAAACCUUAACUACGGGUGUCAGUAACACAUUAGACCUAUAUUGUCAUGAUAACGAAGUCGGCAAAGAAUGGAAAGAUACUUUAAACUUUAUUAAUACCAUUGUUUAUACAAAUUUUUUCCUUUUCAUUCAAAACGAAUCAUCUUUAUCCAUGGCAAUUCAACAUUCUUCUAACAGCAAGAAGACGUCAAACUCUGAAAAAUGUGCAAAGAAUUUAAUGAAAAUUAUUUCUACUAUGCACAUUUUUUAUUCAGUAUCAUUUAAUUUUAUUUUCCCCAUCAAGUCGAUAAGAUCAUUUUCGAGCGGCAAUAAUCAAUUUCAUUCUGAUGGUAAAGAAUUCCUAUUAACAAACCAUUUUGUGGAAAUCUUACAGAAUUUUAUAGCGAUAACGUUUGCCAUUUUCCAGCGUUGUGAAGUAAUAUUAUAUGACGAGUUUUAUAAAAAUCUUUCAAAUGAGGAAAUUAACGUCCAGUUGCUAUUGAUCCAUGACAAGAUUUUGGAAAUUUUGAAAAAAUUAGAAAUUAUCGUUUCCUUUUUACGAGAUGCAAUGAAUAGCAACGGAAAUUUCAAACCCAUCAAAAAUUUUGAGAAGGCUUUGAAUUUGAUCAAAUAUAUGCUAAGAUUCAGCAAGAAAAAGCAAAAUUUUGCGAGAAACUCCGAUGAUAAUAAUAAUGCUACAGAUUAUAGUCAGUCAGCAAAGAACAAAAACGUCCUCUUGAAGUUCCCUAUCAGCGAACUGAACAGAAUUUAUUUGAAAUUUAAGGAAAUUUCAGAUUUUUUAAUGGAAAGAGAAGUUUUCCAAAGGAAUAUAAUUAUUGACAAGGACCUAGAAUCAGAUAAUCUAGGCAUUACUACAGCAAACUUCAAUGAUUUCUAUGAUGCAUUUUAUAAUUAG